CGCGUUUGGGCGCUGGCACUCUGAGCGACGAAGUCGGCAGGUCGCGAUGCGCGAGAAAGUGCGCUUUUCCGACGAGCGAGUUUCCCAAUUUUCCGACCAGCAGUAGCAACAAAACUCGCGUAUAGUUUCUAUAGUGAAUUUGUCCACCCGGUGAAAAAAAUUUCAGUUUUCUUAUAUAUAUUUUGGAUCUAAAUGCGGUCGAAACGGUGACGUAACUGGACGAAAGAGUGUUUGGGUGAGGAUCAGGAAGAUCGCAGUGGCGGGCGCGCGAAGAUGCGAUUCGAACACAGAGAGAGCCAUUUGAGAGGAAUUUUGCGUCGACGAGAAUGCCAGAGAUGCAGGAAACAGUGAGCUGAGCUCACACCGGCGGAGCAAUGCCUCUCUGAAAAGAUGUCCUAAUAUGGGUCAGCCUUGGAUGCUCCUUCGUGCGGCUGCAAUUUUACUUGUGACAAGGCAAACACUGGCCCUGUCCGACAUCUUUGAAGAGGGGAAAUCCGACAAGGAAAUCCUAGAUAAUCUAUUGAGGGCGACGCGGUACGACAAAAGGCUGCUGCCGCCCGUGAGAGAUGCGGACUUCUGCUGUGGCCUGCAAUCGCCCGAUGAUGCGAAACUCGAUGACAGAAACAUCCCGUAUAGCGGAAAACAGCGGGGUUCUCUAACUGUCAACGUUAGUGUCCUUUUACUAAGUCUUGCAUCACCGGACGAAUCAAGUUUGAAAUAUGAAGUCGAAUUUCUUCUUCAACAACAAUGGUACGAUCCACGUUUACGUUACUCGAACCAGAGCGAGUACAAUUAUUUGAACGCAAUCCAUCACCACGACGACAUUUGGCUUCCCGAUACGUAUUUCAUUAUGCACGGGGAUUUCAAGGAUCCCUUAAUUCCGGUGCAUUUCAGCUUGAGGAUCUACAGAAAUGGCAGCGUCAAUUAUUUAAUGAGGAGGCACUUGAUACUGUCGUGCCAGGGGAGCUUAAAUAUAUUCCCUUUCGACGAUCCUAAGUGUACGUUUUCGAUGGAGAGCAUAUCCUACGAGAUAACAUCAAUAAACUACGUGUGGAAAAACGACGAGGACGUCUUGAGAAAGUCUCCAAGCUUAACGACACUCAACGCCUAUCUAAUCAAUAAUCAGACGCUAAUAUGCCCUAUACAGUCUAGUUGGAGAGGAAACUAUAGCUGCCUAAGGGUACACUUAAUAUUCACAAGGGAUCGAGCGUUUUACUUCACGACGGUUUUUAUACCGGGAAUAAUAUUAGUGACGUCUUCGUUUAUUACAUUCUGGUUGGAGUGGAACGCUGUACCAGCUCGGGUUAUGAUAGGUGUGACCACAAUGCUCAACUUUUUCACCACGUCCAACGGUUUCCGGUCGACACUUCCGGUCGUGUCCAAUUUAACGGCGAUGAACGUGUGGGACGGCGUGUGUAUGUGCUUCAUUUACGCCUCGUUGCUGGAAUUCGUUUGCGUCAACUACGUGGGACGAAAAAGACCGUUGCACAACGUCGUCUACCGGCCUGGUGAAAACCCAUUUACGCAGCGAUUGCCGGCUGUGCUGAGCAGGAUAGGCAUUAUACUGGCCAGUCCAUUGGGUGACAAAAAGCAAGAUUCGACAACGGUAGCAAACGAAAUUUCGACUUGCCCCAAUUGCGGACCAAAUCCAUGUACCCACACGAACAAUGGCUGCCCAGCAGCUGAGGUACGGAAAAAAGAACCGCCUCAUCCGAUCAGGGUGGCGAAAACCAUCGACGUCAUAGCUAGGAUAACUUUUCCCACUGCGUUCGCCGUUUUUCUCAUUUUCUUCUUUUAUCACUACAAGAGCUUCACUAACGCACACGAGGAAUGAAAAAGUGAGAUAUAAGUGACUUGACAUUAAAAGCACUCACAGUGGACUUGUUCAGUGUACUUAUUUUUAUUAAAUCGGUAAAAAUGAUUUUUUGAAACGUUUCUGCAAAAAGUUCGCAAUACGAGGUAGCUCUUGAAGCACUGUAAAUAUUAUAUAUUUUUUUUCUAUACAUAAUCACACGUGAACAAUUUUAUAAAUAUUAUUCGUUUUAAGAAAAAAUUGUAAUUUUCAAAUUCACCCAAGGCUUUCAAAAAAAUUAGGACUUAAUUAAGGACAAAUGAAUUUAUCUUAUAAGGACAUAGUUGAUUUUUUUGUUUCACUUUUCAGCUGUAUUUGCAUCAAUACCGUAAAUAUAAUAAAAGCUGUUCAGACGUUUUUUGAAGCAGAAAUAAUUUCUUAUGAAUUAACGCUUUAAUCCAUACAACGACCUAUAUAAAUCUGGUUAAAUUCUGCAAUUUACCGCAUACAAGUAUAAGGUUUAUUUUGAAGUAAUGCUCCUGCCUCUUAGAGCUUGGAAUUUUUUAAGAAGCAAUAUAAGUAGGUAGUUUCUGUAGCAGUCUGUGGUACGCGGCGUUGCCGGCUCAAGUUCUCUAUGGUGCAGUUUCCAUUAAAUCCUGCGAAUGCGAAUAAUUCAACUCAUAUAGUGGAAUAUCAAAUGCCAAUCGAAUACUUACAAAUUAUGAUUCGACACUUGUAAACCAAAACCAGAACAUAAAAUAUAAGUUGGUGCAGAGGUGUAAAGCUCCUCGAUCCCUGCCUUUCGGAAUUAUUUCUGAAAUCACUUGCGUCUACAGCCUACAUAGUUACUUUGAAAGGGUUCAAGCUGCAAACACAGUACAUACCAAUUUCAUUAGGAUUUUCUUCUUUAGUCUUAAUUGAAACCUAACACUUUAUAUCUUAAUGUUUACAGGCAAAACCCAAAAAAUUGGACCAUCCCUGUAUUUUAUUAUUAUAGGUAUGUUCCAACAACAAUACCAACAACAAAACAUUGUGAUUAUUGUUUGGAACAAAGUAAACCAUUUCUGUGAUUAUAGAUGAUAUAUAUUUAUUGUUUAAAUCAUAUUAUAGUUUAUUCAUUGUUGAUUUUGUACCUGAAAUAACUUUUUUUGUUAAUUAUCCAAAUUAUGUUAUGAUAGUUUUUGAAUUUCGGUGACAAGAUAUAUUAUAAUAUAACGUUAAAUUAAAUUGCAUUCCAACUAAAAAUAAUAUGGAGAGGCACUCAAAAAGCAAUUGUACAUAAUUAUUAGAUUGAGUAUUGGAAUAAUUUCAAAAUAAUGUAAAUACGGCCCUUAUUGAAAUUGUCCCUAGACUUUAGAUUUCGUUUUGAAUACUCACAAAUCCCAAAAAAAAAGCAAUUGUCGUAUUAAAAUCUGUAGCAUAUUUGCCUCGAGCACGUAUAGAGCAAAACCUGUGAUGAUGACUGAUGAGCGCUGUUUACGCUGCUUAUUUGAACCAAUUUAACAGUAGAUUGCGUAAAUAAUGUUUAAAAUAUAUUAGUAAAAUAAGUCGAUCAGGUUUAGUUUAUCAAUAUUUUGGCAUCAAAUUUCCUUAAAAAAAAUAUAUUUGAAAUGAACCAAUAAUAAUUCAUAUUUUAUUAAAGAAACUGCAAGAGAGAUGUUCAUAUGGAAACAUUUAAUAAUAAGAGCUAUAGUCUUUAGAAAUAAUAUGAGGAUUUUUUGCAGUUUUUUUUUUCAUUUUUCUACACCAUCAUUUAACCAUGCAGCACGAGCUCCACAGCUUGAAAUUAUUCUAGAAAAUCUUUUGAGAUGGAUAUUAGGAGUUGUUCAUCUUAUUUAGCAUUUGCAUUAACUCAAAUUGAUUACGAUGAUUCUUUUUAACUUUGGUAAACACAAUCUAGCCGUCCUUGAAUUACAAAUUAUGUACCUACUUCUAUUAAAUCUUUUGCCUCUGCCUGUGAUACAACCUAAUUGAUUUGUGCGAUAAGCUUUAAUAAAUCCCUCAAACAAUUAUUCUAAAAAUUUUGCCUUACACAUCUUAUAAUACUUAAGUCUUUUUCUUGAAAUUUGAUGCCAAAAAACAUAUAUUAAAACGAAUUUACUAACAUUAUUUGUUGUAAUAAGUGCAAAGUUACCUUAAAAUAACUAUUAUCAUUAUUGUUAACUUCAAAGCAAAAUGUGAUAUCACAUUUUGUAUUAGAAAGGUUUUUCGUACAAUUAAUUGUAUAUAAAUUUGCACGUCACAAUCAAAUAAUGAUAAAAUAUGCACCAACGCAAAAAAAAAAAUAUGCCCGAGUUUAUUUUAUGUAUAUAAUAAAAUCAUAUUCCGGAAAAUAUUGUCAAAACAAAAAUGCAGCUUUAAACUCAUCUAUAGUACAUAAUAUACUUGUAAUGUGAUUAAAUUUGUGAGAUUUAUUAUAAAUUUCGUUUUGCAUCGUAGAGUCUACACUCUUAUUAAAAGAAAAAAGAUGUAUAUAUUUAUAUUGCACACAUUAAAAUGAUAUUUUAUCGAACACAUAUUAAUUAUUAUGAUAAAAGUAAUCUUGUCAUUCGACGUUAAAAAUUUUGAAUCAAAAU